AUGGACUCGAUCUUUGGUAUUGUCGGGAAAGAUUUUGUGCUAUUAGCAGCCGACUGUAAAGUAGCACGCAGUAUCUUGGUCUACAAGGAUGAUGAAGAUAAGUCAAUUCACUUGGAUAAUUCCAAAGUCAUGGUCACAUCUGGACCACAAAGUGAUCGAUUGGCAUUUAGUGAAUAUAUUCAAAAGAAUAUGAAACUCUAUGAAUUACGCAAUGGUGUUCAACUAAAUGGUGCAGCUACAGCUCAUUACGUACGUAAUGAACUCGCACGUUUUCUCCGUCGUGCUCCAUAUCAAGUGAAUUUGUUAAUUGGUGCAUUGGAUACUUCUCGUCAAGAGCCAAACAACAACAACCACAAGAUGGAACCAAGUUUAUACUGGAUUGAUUAUCUUGGAGCUAUGACAAAAGUAAACUAUGGUGCACAUGGUUAUGGUGCACACUUUUGUCUCUCGAUCUUUGAUCGUGAAUUUAAACAAGACAUGACACUGGAUGAAGCGAAAGAUGUACUGAAAAAGUGCCGUGCAGAACUUGAGAUGCGCUUUCUUGUGCGUAAUGGACAAUGGGCGUAUUCGUUGAUUGAUGCGAGUGGGAUUUCUCAGGUGAAAAUUGACUAG